AUAAUAAUAGUUUUUAAUUCCUUUUGCCGGCUUCCUCCAUGGAUUAUCCCGAUGAGAUGGUGAGUUGCUUUAAUCUUCCCUCACCUCACUGUUUUGACUAACUUUACUAGAAUGACAACCUUCUCGUUUGCCCUAUCCAACCAUCUCAACGGCCCGCCGGAGCCCCGCCCGGAAAAACAGUCCACCUUCAUCUCCGAGGAGGAGCUCCGCUCCGAAUUCUCCCACCAUGACCCCGUCGUCUUCCGCAUCAAUAACGGCAGCUUCGGCUCCUGCCCGGCAUCCAUUCUCGCCGACCAGGAACGCUGGCGCCUCCGCUUCCUUGAACAGCCUGAUAAUUUCAUCCUCAACGUCCUCAAACCCUCCAUUUUGGAGUCCCGUUCCGUGAUCAAAUCCCUAGUCAACGCCGACGACGUCGCCGAGAUCUCCAUCGUCGACAAUGCCACCACCGCCGUGGCCAUAGUCCUCCAGCACGUGACUUGGUCCUUCUUCUCCUCCCACUUCAGCCGCGGAGACGCCGCCGUCAUUCUCCACUAUGCCUACGGCGCCGUCAAGAAGUCCGUCGAGGCCUACGUCGCCCGCGCCGGAGGGAAGGUAAUCGAGGUCCCCUUACCCUUCCCUGUGAAAUCAAACGAUGAAAUUAUUUCCUUGUUCAGUGAAUCCCUAGAAAAGGGGAAAAUGAAUGGCGGCAAAAUCAGAUUAGCCGUGAUUGAUCAUAUCACUUCAAUGCCUAGUGUAGUUAUCCCUGUUAAACAAUUGGUUCAGAUGUGUAGAGACGAAGGCGUAGACAUGAUUCUUGUGGAUGGGGCUCAUGCCAUAGGCAAUAUAGAAGUAGAUAUGAAGGAUAUAGGGGCAGAUUUUUACACCAGUAAUCUGCAUAAAUGGUUCUUCUGCCCCCCUUCUGUAGCUUUUUUGUACUGCAAGAACUCUGAUAGAUUAUCCGAUUUACACCAUCCCGUGGUUUCCCACGAGUAUGGAAACGGUUUGCCUAUCGAGAGUACUUGGAUAGGGACUAGGGAUUACAGCGCCCAAUUGGUGGUUCCUGAGGUAAUGGCAUUUCUAAGUAAGUUCGAGGGUGGGAUAGAAGGGAUUAGGAGGAGAAAUCACGAGAAGGUUGUUGAGAUGGCGGAGAUGUUGGCCAAGGCGUGGGGAACGAAUUUGGGUGCACCCCCUGAGAUGUGCUCUAGUAUGGCCAUGGUGGGAAUGCCGGCUUGCUUGGGGAUUUCCAGUGAUUCAGAUGCCUUGAGGUUAAGAAAGCACUUGAGAGAUUGUUUUUUUGUUGAGGUGCCUAUAUAUUAUAGGCCACCAUUGGAAGGUGAUGGGGUUGUUAAUCCAAUAACAGGGUAUGCCAGGAUCUCUCACCAAGUGUAUAAUAAAGUUGAAGACUACUAUCGCUUCAGAGAUGCUGUUAACAAGCUCGUAAAUGAUGGUUUCUCCUGCUCCCUUCUCCCCAACUAACAUAACCAUCAGAAAUACUCAUUCUCUCUUAUUGUUAAGAGCUACUGUUGGGCGGAGGUUGGUAAAAGGUCAAGUCCAUCAAUUGGUAGCUAGAGAAUUGUUGCGGAGGUUGGUGAAGGGCCAAGACCAGCACCGUGGUCUAUAAGGAAAUAAAGUUGUGCCUUCACUACUAGCUAUAGUUUUUGGCUGACAACUAGACUUUUUUUUACUGUAAAAGCCCCAUUAGAGAUUUACUGGUACAUUUCUUUGGUAAUUCUAGGCAUGUUGUUUCCCAAUAAUGAGAUUAGAAAUGUCCAUUAGAUUUAACUUGUGAAACAAUAAUAAGUUUCAUGCAUUAAACUCUAUCACCCCAGCAAGGAUUGGAAUUCUCUUGUAUUUUGUUUGUAAAGCUCUUGUUAAUUGUAAGCCCAAACAUAUAAAGUCUGCAACAUAUGCACUGAGAGUUGCAAUAAGUUUUUUCUGGCAUUUCGAGAAUUUACUUGCUGAAAAGGUGUGAUUUUGGGAAGUGUUUGUGAAGGGAAAGUUUGCAAUUUGGA